UUCGUCUUCUCAAAUUCCAAGUAUCUGCAAGCCACAACAGGGUUAGGACAAGGGGAAAUUGGAGAGGGGAUUAGAAGGUGGAUAAUCGAACUCUCGUGGAUAGGGUGACUCUUCAGAUAGCCAAACAACUGAAUUAUAUGAUCCCUGUUACUUGCCAUUCUGUGAUGUUUAUGUAUACGUUAUUUUGGCACAACGGGUCUCUAGAUUUUCCAAAGACAGGACGCUAAUGAAGAAAAGGAAAGGAAAAGGCAGGACACAGAGAAAGAAUAGAAAAAAGGGAAAGAUGAUGGAGAUCACCAACACAGAUGAAAGAGCAGUUAAUGCGGACAGGAUCUCUGAGUUGCCUGAACACAUUUUACAUCACAUCCUUUGUCUUCUCCGAUGGCCAGCGGAUUUAGCAAGAACUAGCAUUUUGUCUAAGAAGUGGAAAGUCAUUUGGGAGUCUUUCACGUCCUUUGAUUUUGAUCAGAGACACUUCCAAUGUGUAAACGCUGCAGAUAAAUGGGAUCAUCUCCAACCUCUACCAGUGGAGAAACAGAGCUCAAUUUUCAAACAGGCGUUUGAAUCCCUGGGGUUUGUGGAGCUUCCAUUAAUACAUAAGUUCAUUCUGUUUGUCGAGAAUACGUUAGGAACCAGACUUGACCAGUUGCCAAGUAUACAGAAGUUCAGGCUGCAUGUCGUCUUUUCUGUUCAUCUUCUGGCUCCCUUUAUGAAUCACUGGAUAAGUGUUGCUACAGACAAAAAUGUUAAUGAGCUUGAUAUUCAUGCAAAAAUGGAUGGCAAAUUUUAUGCCCUGCCUGAGCUUGUAUUUGCUUCCAAGACAAUAACUUCAUUGAAGCUCAACGGAUGUGAAGUGGGUGAUUCUACUGCCAUAAAGCUCCAAAAUCUACGGGAGUUAUCCAUGAAAGCAAUGCGUAUCAAUGAGAAUAUAGUCCAUAAUUUUGUCCAGGCCUGCCCUUUGAUCGAGGAUAUGCGACUGAUCAAUUGCUAUGGUUUGAAAUUCUUGCAUGUUUCAUCUCUGCCUAAACUAAAUAAGUUUGAGGUACAUGAGCGAUCCAGCCUCAGGUCAGUCAAACUUGAGGUACCCAAUCUUGAGACAUUUUGGUUCCAUGGGAAGAAAUCUUCAAGGUGCAAAUUAAUCUUAGCAGGGUGUGGAAAUCUUAAGAAUUUGACUUUGAAGCAUUCACAUAUGGCAGAUAAGUCCUUUCAUGAACUUGUCUCCCACUUCCCACUACUUGAAAAACUGUUCCUGUUGGAAUGCCGUACAUUGCACAGAAUUACAAUAUUGAGUGACAAGCUGAAGACACUCUCUCUGGUAAGGUGCCACAAACUAAAGGAAGCCAACAUUGAUGCACCAAAUCUACUUUCAUUUGAGUAUACUGGUGCUGAGUUGCCGUUUUCUUCCAUGAAUGCUUCACGGUUGCAAGAAGUGAAGCUUCACUUGAAAUCCCAAAAACAGAAGUCAGUGCAGAAAUUCAUUGAAGGGUUUGAUGGCAAAGGCUUCAAGUUGUUUCUUGCCUCCAAACAGGGUGUGAAUAUAUAUGAGGAAUUGAGAGGACUUCAUCUUUCUUAUUUUGGAGCAUACAAGAUACAAUUGACUAAAUCAGCAAGAAUGGUGGAAAAUCUCCUCAACAGUCACUUGCGAGAUUUUCAUCCAAAAACUCUCAUCUUAAAGACAUCUCUCACAAGUGACCUCCUCGUGUUCAUUCAGGAGAAGAUAUUGAACAAAGAGAAGACUCCUCCUAGCUGUUGUAAAUAUUACUCGAAGAAAUGCUGGCGACAUUAUUUAGAAGGCGCUAAAAUGUCUCUGUUUCCAGAUGCGUCCUCUGCGGAGUAUCCUAAUACGAUCUUGGAACUAAAAUGGAGCGAAGCUGCACCUCUGCCGGGAUGUAGAGAUAUGAAGGAUAUCAAUGAGUAAUACAUAGGACAUAUAUGCAUUGCCUGUACUUAUUAAGUCAUUUAUUUGAACUAGUUUUUGUUUUUUAGAUCAUUUUACUAUCAGACGAGCUCAUCGGAUUUUGGUUCGAAAUAUUAUACUUCAGUGGAAAUAAGCCGAAAUUGGUUGAUCCCGCCCCCUUAUCUGACCCAAACUGACCAAGGUCAAAUUAAAGAACGUUCUUUACAUGGGUGUAUCUAAAUAAUUCGUUAACGCCAUUUUCUGAUGGUUGGUUUUUGCAUGAAAUUUGGACAAUUUUGGGAUGGAA